AUGUCAGCCUCCGAUUUUAGGAUGAGCGCGGUCGCGUGGUUAUUCAUCUCGAUGUUCGCUGGAGUUAUCCUGAUUCUCGCCAUCGUCUAUCUUUUUGCCCUCAAGAUUCGACACGACAAGAAGAAAGCAGCUCGAAAAGCAGAGGACGGCGAAAUCUUUAGUAACGUUAUCGCAAACCCAAUCACGACAUAA